AACUUAUCCAGACCAUUCGAUAAACUGUUUUUUCCUUUUAUUAGAUAUUUUCUUCCUUCCAAUAGAAAAACUCACCUCCUUCUGAUAAUUUGAUGUAGGAAAUGUAUUUUUAACAUGCAUUGCACCUACCUGAUCAUUGUGUUUGCUCUAACAUUUUCAGUCAGUCCGACGGGUGGCUGGCUGGCCGCUUGGUUGUCAGAAAAGCUCUCUAAUUUCCCAUUCCAAGACGGGGUGGAAAUAUCGUAUACCAGUAAAGUUAAAGGCCCUUCUCUCAGUUUCGCCAACUAAUAAAUAUUCCCGUCUACCGACCUUUAUCCCCUUUCUUCUUUCCCCCUUUUGCUUUCAUCAUCAUCACUUUCCCAAUCAGAAUCUUCCAUUCUUGUUUAUUAUAACCUCAGAAAUUUUAAUGUUUGUAUGGGUUCUUCAAAUUUAUCUUCAUCUCCAACUCAACUAAUCCAUCCAUUAACAUCUCCAAUUCCAGUAGAUCUUUUCGUCUCCAAGAAACGUUUAAGUCUUAACCUUAAAUUUAACGACGCCUGUGGAAAUCUUGUAUUCAGAGUCGAUGAUAAUCAUUAUUCAGUGUAUUCGAAUUCGGGGAGGGAUACUGGGGGUGGAUGGGAAGGAUUUGGAAGUGAAGGGCAAUUGAUAUUUAAAGUUGAGAAGAAGUUUGUGUCGAAGUGGAAAGGAGAGAUUGAAUUGGAAGUUUUCCCGGUGAGUAAUGGUGUCGCCGCCGCCGCCAAGGAUGCUGAAGAUGUGAUUAAGGUUAAAGGGAGUCCAUUUCAUAGGUCUUGUACAAUUUACAGAGGCAAUUCAAUUAUGGCUCAGACGAGUCUGUUAUACAAGCUGGGGAAGCUGACAACAGGGAGGAGAAAAUUUAGAGUAACUAUGUUUCCUGGACUUGUUGAUCAGGCUUUGAUUGUUGCUCUCAUUGUUAUAUUUUUCGACUGAUUGACCACCGGAUUUGUUGCCACGGUAGAUAGAUUGGUACAUUGAUAGAUAGAUCGGUAAGUGAAAUAACAAAUCUGUACAACGAUUGGCAUGAA